AUGCGUCUGAGCCAAGCUACUGCCCUCGUCGCACUCGCCUGCCUUUUUGUUGCCGGACUUGGUGAGUCAGUGGCGGCUGAAUAUGGCAAUGCAGCCGUGACCCCGGGUGUUGGGGACGAAUUGGUCGAGAGCGCUCCUCUGCUCACCAUUUCGUCGCCUCAGAUUCGCUCCACGUCGGCCAAGUACUCAGCGCCGGCCAAGACACCGUGCCCCCCGACUUCGCCGGAAACGAUCCAUCAGCCAAUCACCAAAAACCCAGGCUACGGCACCAAGGACCCCCAGGAGCCUGACACCAGCCAACGCUACCCGACUACGCCUGACGACCAGUACCACCCCGACACUGAGGCAGCGGACACCAAACACAACCAGACCACAAAGCUUCCGAAGAAGGAGGACACGCGCUACCAGCCGAAGCCGAACGUGCCUGCUACCGGUGGCCGCCCGAAGCGUGGUGGCGAAGAGUCUGGCCGCUUCGACGACAACGGCCGUGACAACCAGCACCACCACCGUCAGCCCGCGCGUACCGAGGAUGGUCACAACUACGCAAAGACCGACCUCCCGGAGAAGGAGGACUCACGCUACCAGCCGAAGCCGAACGUGCCUGCUACCGGUGGCCGCCCGAAGCGUGGUGGCGAAGAGUCUGGCCGCUUCGACGACAACGGCCGUGACAACCAGCACCACCACCGUCAGCCCGCGCGUUCCGAGGAUGGUCACAACUACGCAAAGACCGACCUCCCGGAGAAGGAGGACUCACGCUACCAGCCGAAGCCGAACGUGCCUGCUAUCGGUGGCCGCCCGAAGCGUGGUGGCGAAGAGUCUGGCCGCUUCGACGACAACGGCCGUGACAACCAGCACCACCACCGUCAGCCCGCGCGUACCGAGGAUGGUCACAACUACGCAAAGACCGACCUCCCGGAGAAGGAGGACUCACGCUACCAGCCGAAGCCGAACGUGCCUGCUACCGGUGGCCGCCCGAAGCGUGGUGGCGAAGAGUCUGGCCGCUUCGACGACAACGGCCGUGACAACCAGCACCACCACCGUCAGCCCGCGCGUACCGAGGAUGGUCACAACUACGCAAAGACCGACCUCCCGGAGAAGGAGGACUCACGCUACCAGCCGAAGCCGAACGUGCCUGCUAUCGGUGGCCGCCCGAAGCGUGGUGGCGAAGAGUCUGGCCGCUUCGACGACAACGGCCGUGACAACCAGCACCACCACCGUCAGCCCGCGCGUACCGAGGAUGGUCACAACUACGCAAAGACCGACCUCCCGGAGAAGGAGGACUCACGCUACCAGCCGAAGCCGAACGUGCCUGCUACCGGUGGCCGCCCGAAGCGUGGUGGCGAAGAGUCUGGCCGCUUCGACGACAACGGCCGUGACAACCAGCACCACCACCGUCAGCCCGCGCGUACCGAGGAUGGUCACAACUACGCAAAGACCGACCUCCCGGAGAAGGAGGACUCACGCUACCAGCCGAAGCCGAACGUGCCUGCUACCGGUGGCCGCCCGAAGCGUGGUGGCGAAGAGUCUGGCCGCUUCGACGACAAGGGUCGUGACAACCAGCACUACCACCACCCGUCGCGCACUGAGGUUUUGGAUAACGAGCACUAUCCGAAAUCGAAGGCACCGGGUGAGUACGGACGCCUGCACAGACUUGAUUCAGGGGGUGACAAGAAGAACGCCAAGCCUGAACGGGCACAGGUGCACGACCCGAAGCCGGACAACAAGAAGAAGGUAGAUCCACCUCACCACGACCAGCAGAAGCCUACGCCAAAGCCACACGUUCGCACGGCCGAUCGAUCCGAUGUCUACUCGACGCCAGAGCCAACGGAGAAACCUUCUCUGUGGGGAUGGCUGUUUCAAUAA